CUGCGCAGGCGUUGCACAGCUCUGCUUGCCUUGAGCCCAAAACGCAUUCAUUCUCAAGGGUCCUAUUUACGUUAUUGAACUUGGGCAGGCUGGGGAGUCAUUCAGUCAUAGGUCAAAUUCAAUGAAAUGCGCUUCUGUGUUUAACGAAAGCCCAGAAGAUUUGACUCAUAUUCAAUACGUAAGAAGGGGUGUUUUUGCCCCAUGUGGAUUUUUCAGGUUUGGCUGCCGUAUGUGAUUUAGCAGUAAUGUCUUUUACGAAGACAAUUUUGAAACUCGUGGUUGCCGCGGGAGUCGUCGUAUUACUAGUGCAGUACUUGCAGUACUGGAUGUCAAAUAAGCAGUAUGUUUUUAGCAAGGAAGGUGUCGCCAAGAUCGCUAAACAAUAUGCAGGCCAGGAUCACGAUUUGGCCUUUGCCAAGGUGGUAGUGGAGCUGCGUAAGACGUACCCCGGGCACAUCCUGCCCGACGAGGACCUGCAGUGGGUGUUCGUCAACGCCGGGGGGUGGAUGGGCUCCAUGUGCCUGCUGCACGCCUCACUGACGGAGUACGUCCUGCUCUUCGGCACGGCCGUGGACACCGGCGGGCACUCCGGUCGGUAUUGGGCUGAAAUAUCAGACACCAUAAUCUCUGGGACGUUUCGGCAGUGGAAAGAGGGCACAACGAAAAGUGAAAUAUUUUACCCAGGCGACACGAUAGUGCACGGCGCGGGCGAGGCCACGUCGGUGCAGUGGAGCGCGGGGACGUGGAUGGUGGAGUACGGGCGGGGCUUCAUCCCGUCGACGCUGGGCUUCGCCCUCGCGGACACCGUCUUCAGCACGCAGGACUUCCUCACGCUCUUCUACACGGUGCGCGUCUACCUGAAGGGCAUGGCGCUCGAGGCCUACUCCCUCCUCGCCGAAGCCGGGGUCCUUUGAGUCCGGCCCGGAUUCGUCUGCAGCCCGUCCCCGUUUUCUUUUUUUUUUCUUUCUUCUCUGUGUUUGUGAAAUGAUCGUGUGGUUGGUUGACCGACAAGCUAAUAAAAAAAAAAACUUGUUUCCGGUUUGUUUACAGAGGAACUAAAACU